ACGUCAAAAACGAACGUUGUAUUCGAGACACAACGACAACCGUUCUCAGUUAGGCAUCUUUUAUUGGAACGAGGAUUAGGGUUGCUUGUUCUCUCCCUCCCAAUUUGCAUAGGUGGGGGAGUCGCCUAUGAGUAAACUUGGCUUGAAAGGCGAAAUUCCCGAGGCUUUCUCUCCGGAUCAGCUGCGUGCUGACCAGGCCUGUGCAAUGAGGGCUGAAUAUAAAUAUAUAUCCUCGCUGGGUUUAUUUGUUUGAAAUUGGUGCCAUUGCUAGUGAUGCGUGAGCUCCAGAUGUGAGUGGGAAAACGAAACAAUGGUGUUCAUAUCAUGCGGAGAGAACAAGUGUUCAAGACGCUGCUGAAGACGAGCCCUCCAAGGAAUGUCUGAGUCACAGUUCAGUUUUGGUGGUGGUUCCCUUUUGACAUUUCCAAGGGAUCCAGGAAGGAGUGCCUCAAUAUCAUGUGCCAAUUUAGGAUCCUCUCAGUGAACCAUGUUGGGCUACAUCACCCAAUAUUUCAAGCCUCCUGAAUCGAUCUCCACCAGCGAAGUUGAUUCUAGCCUGGUGAAGAAAGUAGUUGAGCCGGAAGCUCCUCAAGACAAUUCUCAAGAGGGAAAGUGUCUAGCUUCCGAUCAGGAAUUGACUUGGGUGAAAAGUGCCUGGCAACUGCCCAAACAGAUCCUAGGCCGUUGGUCGGAAGACUUCAAGGGGACCUUCGUUUUACUUGGUGGAAUUUAAGCGCUGUUACGCUCGUGAUCGGCGUCCUCAUCCCAGCAUGACUUACCCACUUUAUGCUGCUUGCAGACUGGUUUUUGGGACCCUCUACCCUGCCUAUGCGUCAUAUAAGGCUGUGAGGACAAAGAAUGUCAGAGAAUAUGUGAAAUGGAUGAUGUACUGGAUCGUGUUCGCUUUCUUCACUACCUUUGAAUCCAUGGCGGAUCUGUUCAUAGCAUUCUGGUUCCCUUUUUAUUAUGAACUGAAGAUCAUCUUUCUCCUGUGGCUCAUCUCGCCCGUCUCCCGGGGGUCUUUGGGCUCUAGCAUGCUUUACCGGAAACUCAUUCAUCCGAAUCUCAUGAAAAGAGAGGAUGAGAUCGAUCGCAUGAUUGGCAAGCUCCAAGAGCAAGGCUACAACACGGCCAUUCGAUUUGGAAGUCAAGCCUUCCAAUACGUGACCAACUUGGUCAUGACCACUGCUAUCAGAGGUGGAGGUGGUAUUGUCAGCCAAUUGAAGAAGAGCUACAGUCUUACGGAUCUCUCCAACAUGGACGAGGCCGAUUAUGAUCAACACGGCAAGUCGCGGGAUCCCGCCAAUCGAAGCUAUCCAAGGGCCAUAGGAUAUCAUGGACAACCUGAAGACGAUCCUUAUUUUUCCCGUGAACGAUCGGAAUCUCGAGGAAGCGGAUCUCGAAGUCGAGAUAACCCAUACGAGCCGAUGUUCUACUCAGAGUCACCCAUGAGACAUCAUACCAGACGUCAAAUUUCGGAGACCCACGGUGACGCUGCUAGCUCUGGUUAUUCAAGUGGGGCGGAGUUUCUUCCCGUUCAAGAUGAACUCAUGCAUACCGACGACUAUGAGCUCUAUGAUCCUCGACUUCAUUCGAUUAGAUAUCGAACGCCAACCUCUACCCGUCCUUAUGUCCCCUCCCAAUCUGCACCCUUAGGACCUUCCAAUGUGGCCCUGAGAAAUCGACCCAGGCCCAAAAAGCCUCAAGAGGAUACGUUUUCCGAUGGAGAAAACUAUUACGAAGCCACCUCGCGCUUAAGUAACCAGAUCAACCAGCAGAUUUUUCAGCAACCUCAAUCAAGACCCCUUUCAAGAUCUUCGUCCAUAUCCGAUUCCUACUAUCCAUCUGAAGCUGAAACGGAUUGCACGGAUCUCGCAGACCCCAACGAUGAAGAAGAUGAAGAUGAUGAGGACGAGGUGUGGGUUGAGCCUUUCGAGGACCCAGUUAUCACUGGGCAACUGACAUUUCUGGUUGGACCUCAAGCACCUGGACAGAAAACCCCAAUAGGAGAUGAUGAAACCCAAGGAACAUUGAAGAAGAAGGACGAACUUGACGGGGAAAGAACCCCAAUUGGUGGAGACAGAAUGGCCGAUCUGGCUCAAAUUCAGGAUUUGGAGAGGGUGGCCUUGAGGUUGCGAGAGACCAUGGAACAGGCACCACCGCCUGUGCCAAUGAAAUUCAGUCAUUCCUCGGCCAGCCCUUCCACCCGCAGAGAGCCCUUCAUCGAGGAGAGGCCGCUUCCAAGUGUUGCCAUGGGCAGAGAAACCAGAUCCCGCACAGGUUCAAUCUCCUCUCAAAGUGGAUCAAACACUUCAAGCCGUCCCCAAUCCCGAGGCGAACGAAUUCAACGAAAACAAAGAGCCCCUCAACCUCCUAGUGGGGAUCCUGGAUGGGUUAUUCAUCCUAGACCACCUCCGCUUUCCUAUCCUCAACCAGCUGCGUCAAAUUAUGAUGCGGAACAAGAGAAGUUGAUCAGACCUGUCGCCCCCAAAAUGACCUAUCCGGAUCAAACCAGGCCCAAGCUUAGAGAUGUGGAGCUUCAAGGGCCCAUAACGUCAACCCCUGUUCCAUUUUCGUUUCCUCGGAUGUCCACAAGAACCGAGGAACCUCAAUUCCGAGAGGAAGCCGCGGCCUUGUAUCCAAUUCAAGAGAAAUCCUCCCCCAUGCCAAUAGGCUAUCGGCCUACGUCCCCCCGGAAUAUGCCAGGAGCUCCCGCUAUUCAGGGCACUUUGUCCCCGAACCUCGAUCAAAGCGAAAGUGCCUCGGGCUUGUCUGUGAGCCCUUCAAAAUGCCCCCAUUGUACAAUUCACAGUUGGCUGCCGCAUUCGUCAAAUUGCGCCAAGUGGAAAGGAGGCGUCCGUCGAAGACCGUAGAAGCUAGAAUCUGGCCUUAGCGACUGCAGGUCUCCCUCUACGGAACUUUACCCAGAAACUACGCGAAGAAAAUCGGGGGCACCCCACGUCAAAGAGUCCCUCUUAGUCAAGCCCACAUCAAAUAUUAGACCCAAAACCUUGGCCAUGUCCUCAUCCAUGUCCCAAAG